UAAAGAGUGGGAGAAGAAAUUCCUUGUUAGAUCUCAAAUGGAAUCCCUCUCUGGAAGAAAGGGCAACACCCAAGCAUCCCUAUUGGCUAUCCUGGUCUUUUCCAGAAGGGAUUUAAACUCAGAGAGGGAAGAAGGGUUAUCCAGGACAAAGGAGGGCUGAAGAGAUCCUGAACAAUCUUGAGCCUUCAAGAGUGCUUUCUCCUAAGGUGGCAAAAGGAGUGGGAUGGUAUGCCCAGGAACUACUGAGGCCUCCAGGAAGAAUCAGCUCUCAUCAGUUCCAAGGAAGCCCAUGAUGAGUUUCUGCCAUAUAUUUUAUUGCCCUUUGGGGCUCCUGCUCUGGUCCAUAGUACAGACAGCAUCAGCGCCAGCAACUCCUGACCCUCCUAUCUGCAAUAAUCAAGAGAAGCAAGUUAUGUUUAGCCACACGUACAAGAUUGAUGUACCAAAGUCCUCUCUGAUCCAAGUGGAGGCUGAUCCUGAACCACUCAGAGAUGAUGGAGGAGGGCUUCUUCUCCCAGGGGAGACCAGUGAAGAACAGAACAUCAUCUUCCGGCACAAUAUCCGCCUUCAGACCCCAAAGGGAGACUGUGAAUUGUCAGGUAGACUCCAGGACCUGUUGACUCGGGUGAAGAAGCUGGAGGAAGAGAUGGCGGAGAUGAAGGAGAAAUGUGGCACUCAACAGUGCUGCCAGGGAGCUCCAGGUCUCAGCAACCUCUGCAGUGGACACGGCAUUUUCACCCAAGACACUUGUGGAUGCAGGUGUGACGAAGGCUGGGAAGGUCCUGACUGCUCUCUGCCCAGCUGUCCUGGGGGAUGCAGUGGCCAUGGGCGCUGUGUGGAUGGUCGAUGCAUUUGUGAUGAGCCCUAUGUUGGUGAGGACUGUGGGUAUCUGCCCUGCCCCGAGAACUGCAGUGGGAAUGGGAUCUGUGUGAGGGGCGUUUGCCAUUGCCAUGAGGAUUUCACAUCGGAGGACUGCAGUGAGAAGAGAUGCCCCAAUGACUGCAGCGGCCAUGGCUUUUGUGAUACAGGAGAGUGCUACUGUGAGGAGGGCUUCACUGGCCUUGACUGUUCCCAGGUUCCUCCUCCCCAGAGUCUGCAGCUACUCAAGAGGACAGAAGACUCUCUGCUGGUGAACUGGGAUCCAGAAGUGGAUGUAGACCAUUACUUGCUCAGUUACCAUCCCUUAGGACUGGAAACUUCAAUGAAGCAGGCUAAAGUCCCCAAAGAUCAGCUAAGUUAUGAGAUUUUUGGCCUGCAGCCCAGUACCAAGUAUAUUGUCACCUUACGCAAUGUGAAAAAGGGGACUUCCAGUAAUCCACAGCAUCUGCUAGCUUCUACAGACACCUCUGUGAUCGGCACUGGUUGGGUGACUGAUGAGACAGAGUACUCUCUGGAUGUGGAAUGGGAGAAUCCACCUGCGGAGGUUGAUUAUUACAAACUCAGGUAUGGCACCUUAGAAGGGCAAGAAGAGGAGGAAGUGACUGUGCCCAAGAGCAGUGACCCCAAGAGCAGAUACGACAUUACAGGUUUGCAGCCUGGCACUGAAUACAAGAUCACUGUGGUACCCAUAAAAGAUGGAUUGGAAGGCAAAGCAAUUUCCCUGAAUGGCAAGACUGGAAUUGACAGUCCCACCAAUGUGGUGACUGACCAAGUGACAGAGGAUACAGCGAGUGUCUCCUGGGAUCCUGUCCAGGCUCACAUAGAUAGAUAUGUGGUGCGCUAUACCUCUGCCGAAGGAGAGGUCAAGUUGACGCCGGUAGACAAGGAGAAGAGCAGCACUCUGCUGACAGGCUUGAACCCUGGCAUGGAGUACACUGUCCAUGUGUGGGCUGAGAAGGGGAACCAAGAGAGUAAGAAAGCCAACACCAAAGCCUUAACAGAAAUUGACAGCCCAACCAAUCUGGUAACUCAACACGUAACCGAGGAUACCGCCAGCAUCUCCUGGGACCCAGUCCAGGCUGUCAUAGACAGGUACCUUGUGAGCUACACCACGGCUGAUGGAGAGACCAAGGAGAUCCCAGUGGAGAAGGACAAGACCACCACUCUGCUGACUGGCUUGAGACCAGGCGUGGAUUAUACCGUCUACGUCUGGGCUGAGAAAGGCGACCAAGAGAGCAAGAAAGCUAAUACCAAAGCCCCAACAGUAAUUGAUGACCCCAAGAACCUGAUAACUGAUCAGGUGACAGAGGACACAGCUGCUAUAUCCUGGGACCCAGUCCGGGCCAUCAUAGACAGGUACAUGGUACGUUACACAUCCGCUGAUGGAGAGACCAAGGAGAUCCCAGUGGGGAAGGACAAGACCAACACCAUCCUGACCGGUCUGAGACCAGGAGAGAAUUACUCUGUUUAUGUCUGGGCUGUGAAAGGAGACCAGGAGAGCAAGAAAGCCAACACAAAAGCCCCAACAGAAAUUGAUGACCCUAAGAACCUGAUAACUGAAAGGGUGACAGAGGACACAGCCACUAUAUCCUGGGACCCAGUCCGGGCUGUCAUAGACAGGUACAUGGUACGCUACACAUCCGCUGAUGGAGAGACCAAGGAGAUCCCAGUGGGGAAGGACAAGACCAGUACCAUCCUGACCGGUCUGAGACCAGGAGAGGAUUACUCUGUUUAUGUCUGGGCUGAGAAAGGGAAACAAGAGAGCAAAAAAGCCAACACAAAAGCCCCAACAGAAAUUGAUGACCCUAAGAACCUGAUAACUGAAAGGGUGACAGAGGACACAGCCACUAUAUCCUGGGACCCAGUCCGGGCUGUCAUAGAUAGGUACAUGGUACGCUACACAUCCGCUGAUGGAGAGACCAAGGAGAUCCCAGUGGGGAAGGACAAGACCAGCACCAUCCUGACCGGUCUGAGACCAGGAGAGGAUUACUCUGUUUAUGUCUGGGCUGUGAAGGGAGACCGCGAGAGCAAAAAAGCCAACACGAAAGCCCCAACAGAAAUUGAUGACCCAAAGAACCUGAUAACUGAAAGGGUGACAGAGGACACAGCCACCAUAUCCUGGGACCCAGUCCAGGCUGCCAUAGACAGGUACAUGGUACGCUACACAUCCGCUGAUGGAGAGACCAAGGAGAUCCCAGUGGGGAAGGACAAGACCAACACCAUCCUGACUGGUCUGAGACCAGGAGAGGAUUACUCUGUUUAUGUCUGGGCUGUGAAAGGAGACCAGGAGAGCAAGAAAGCCAACACGAAAGCUCCAACAGAGAUUGAUAGCCCUAAAAACCUAGUGACUGACCAAGUGACAGAAGACACAGCCACUAUAUCCUGGGAUCCAGUCCAGGCUGUCAUAGACAGGUACACGGUGCGUUACACCUCAGCUGAUGGAGAGACCAAGGAGAUCCCAGUGAGGAAGGACAAAACUACUACUAUUCUAACAGGCUUAAAGCCAGGAAUGGAGUACACUGUUUAUGUCUGGGCUGUGAAGGAAGACCAGGAGAGCAAGAAAGCCAACACUAAAGCCCUUACAGAAAUUGAUGAUCCCAAGAACUUGAUGACUAACCAGGUGACAGAGGACACAGCCACUAUAUCCUGGGACCCAGUCCGGGCUGCCAUAGACAGGUACAUGGUACGCUACAUCUCCGCUGAUGGAGAGACCAAGGAGAUCCCAGUGGGGAAGGACAAGACCAGCACCAUCCUGACCGGUCUGAGACCUGGCAUGGAUUAUUCUGUUUAUGUCUGGGCUGUGAAGGGAGACCGGGAGAGCAAAAAAGCCAACACAAAAGCAUUGACAGCUAUUGACCCUCCCAGAAACCUUCGUGCAUCUGAUGUGACACAGUCUAGUGGUGUUGUGACCUGGAUGCCACCUUCUGCUCAGAUUGAUGGCUAUAUUUUAACUUAUCAAGCUCCAGAUGGCACCAGCAAGGAGGUGAAGCUGGGGCCUUGGGAGCAGAGGUUUGAGCUGCAAGGCCUUGGUCUAGGAAAAAGGUACACCAUCUCUCUGGUAGCCUUUAAGGGUGAUCAGCAGAGCAGGACGGUAACUACUAACUUAUCCACAGUCGGGGCUCGCUUCCCCCACCCGUCUGACUGCAGUCAGGUGCAACAGAAUGGAGACUUUGGCAGUGGGAUGUACACUAUCUACCUGCAUGGUGAUGUCCACCAGCCCAUGAAAGUGUACUGUGACAUGGACACCGAUGGAGGCGGAUGGAUUGUAUUUCAGAGACGAAACACUGGUCAGUUGGACUUCUUUAAGCGUUGGAGGAGCUAUGUGGAAGGUUUUGGAGAUCCCAUGAGGGAAUUCUGGUUUGGACUUGAGAAACUACACAAUCUUACCACUGGAACACCAGUCCGAUAUGAGGUGCGGGUGGACUUACAGACAGCAAAUGAAUCUGCCUAUGCAGUCUAUGAUUUUUUCCAAGUGGCUUCUAGCAAGGACAGAUACAAGCUGACAGUGGGGAAAUACAGGGGCACAGCAGGUGAUGCUCUCUCUUACCACAAUGGAUGGAAAUUCACCACCUUUGACAGAGACAAUGAUAUUGCUCUCAGCAACUGUGCCCUGACGCAUCAUGGAGGCUGGUGGUAUAAGAACUGCCACCUGGCAAACCCCAAUGGCCGAUACGGAGAAACCAAACACAGUGAGGGAGUGAACUGGGAGCCAUGGAAAGGACAUGAAUUUUCCAUCCCUUAUGUGGAGCUGAAGAUCCGCCCUCAUGGUUUCAGUGGGAAGCAAGUGCUGGGAAGGAAGAAAAGGAUGUUGGCAGGGAAGAGAAUAAUCAACAGAAGAUCCAAUUGACUGGGAGGUGGAAUAAGAAAUCAUAUAAAGUUGCAUAGAUUUUUGGAUGGGGGUGGGUAGAUUACUCAUUGGCUAAACUUGAAUUAAGAUCUGAGCUGUGUGGGGGAAUGUGUGUGAUCUCCAAUUUCUGUUCUCGUCAGAAACCCAAUCUACAGGUACAUUCUGACAAACCCCAAGCCAUAGCAAUUCUCUUUUCUUCUCCAUCUUCACUGAUGCAACAUUAUCUGCACUUAGGAUUUAGAUUUUUUAAAAAGUGGUUGCAUAGCAAAUUAAUACCAUGCUGGCAAGGAUGUUCAACCUUACCCCAGUGAUAUUCUAGUGAUAUGAAAUGGCUUGAGAAUUCUAUAAAUCACCAAUUGAAAAGCUACAGGAACUGUCACUUCUUGGAUUCCCUCAGUAUAUAUUUUGUAUGUAUUUGUAUGAGCAUGUCAUCCUAUUGAUAGAACAGAAGCUCCUUGAAUGCAGUCACUUAAUAAAUGCUUGUUAAUUGAUUGAUUGACACAAGUCUGUCCAGUAAGACCACCCAAUGGGAACAGAAUGAUGAAGUUACUGCAUUUGCCAGAAGUUUGUAGUCCAUCAUUCUUUCUUUGGCAUUGGGUCCCUCAUUGCUCUUUCUCUCACCAACAGGUGUUGAGAGGAAAAGCAAGGAGAGGGUGACGGCAGGGCUAGAGAGACUCCCUGAGACAUAUGGUUAAUGGAAAUUUUUAUGAAAUCUUAUUCCUCUAAUAUUCUAGGGAAUAAAGCUUUUAUUAUGCUGCCCAUUUUCCAUCUCAAGACAAUUCUUAGUCUAAUCUAUAUAACUGCUUUCAUAGAGCUGUUUGCCUUGUGGAUUAGCCUGUAUUCACCCAGACUUAAAAUAAUUUAGCAUGUUUUAAAAACUGUUUUUUCAUAGAGUUUCUACUCCACCCCGCUGUACCACUCAUCAAGUCCUAACCUCACUCAUUUGUCCAGACCCUUUCCUAAUGCUUGGUGUUGUUAAGCAACCUUUUGUGCCUGAAUUUUUUGAAAUUGUUGGAUAUUAUAAACCCUCCAAACAGUAGGUUGGGAAGCCUUGAUUCUUGUUAGGGGAAACUCAGAAAGGUCAGAUAAUUUUGGGUUUUUUUCUUACCAUUGUGGAACAUUUUCUAUUAGGUAAUUUGGUUACUAUUCAGUACCUUACAUUUCUAUUUCUGAAAAAAAAAUAAAUAAAUCACUUGAUUA